AUGCGCAGAUUUGAUCUCGGGCUCGCCCGUGCCGGUGCCCUGCGGACAACUCUGUACAUGUCUGGGGUUCACGCUCCUGGACGUGUCAGACCGACCGAUGUUGAGGACUCAUGGGCUGAUUCGAGCCAAUUGUUCCCCAUAGUCACAAAAUCGAAGAUUCUCAACGUAACAAUCCGGCUAGCUAUGAAACUUUUCGUAUUCAGUCUAGUUUUUCAUGUCCACCUGCUCGUGGCCCUUCCACCAGGAAGGUACCCGGAAGGGUAUUUAGAAAGGGGCGGAAAUCUAAUAGAGGACAUCCACGACUCCUCCGAUCUCCAGCAAGCAAUUGGCAUCCCAAACGGAGAGGGGGCCGUCCGUCGCUUUCCAGGGGCAAGAUUAUAUGAACGGACACGUCACCGUCUCUCCCGCCCCGAUCCCCGAAGGCCCGUUGCUGAAGAGGCUGCAAACGAAGUUUACAUGGAAGAACUGCGUCGGGCUAGUGCAUGGUACGAAGGCAGAGCCGAGCAACAGGGUAUUCUUGAGCAUUGGAUUGACAAUGAGCACUUGCUUGAUCUAUACCGCCGAGCCCAAGCAUUAGAAGCAAGGAAAACUCUUGAUCUCGACAGGAUUUUCGAAUUUUUAGGAUAUCUUCCUAAGGAGGACUACCCUCAUGUUCAGCCCGAUGAACCUGGAGGGAAUACGUUCUCACUACGCAGGUUCAAUCAUGAUUCCCCCAAUGACAAAACCGCCAAUGACCACAGCGGUAGCUCAAACUCGGACCCCACAGUUCGAACAAUUACGCACGGUGUUUUACUCGAUCAAGCCCAGAAUGAAUGUCCAAUUUGCAUCGAAGAAUUUCAGUCGCCAGGAAAAUACAAAGGCGGAAAUUUGUCCUUAUCUCCAGUUGCAAGGUUGAAGAGGUGCGGACAUUACUUCCACCCCAAAUGUAUCCUGACAUGGGUGAAGGGGUUCCGCGAGCAUACCUGUCCAGUUUGUCGAAGCAGGCCAACUUAA